AUGGCUGGAACCCGUGACGCUACUCCGAUGGCCUAUGACAAGGCCAAAGCUGCAACCCAUGGUGUAAAACCAGAAGAUAUUGAUUUCUUACAGCCAUAUAAAGAAUAUGUUAUGCUACCGUUCAACCAAUCCUCUCGCCACUUCACUCUGGGCCCCAACUUCCCAUCGGUGCUAGAAAACCUCAAGGAAUUUAUCCCGAUGUUGAACCCAGAUGAUGCUUAUUACAAAUAUGAGAACCCCUGCAAGUUUGAUAACUUUGAUAGGAUAUGGGUAUGUCCAUGGUCUGACAAGCCAGAAACCCAAGAGGCGUUUGUUCAGUUGUACCGGGAAUUGGAACCGAAAUAUGGAGAUACCUGGAGAAUGGCUGGAAUUUACGAUUCGUUGAAAUUUUGCACCAUAGGGUUUGGAGAAAGCCGGGAUUUUGUGGAGGCAGUGCUGGGGUUCUGGAGUGGCACCAGUAAUGUGUUCUGCUUUCCCUGGGGACCAAUGACACCCACCUUGCUGGAUGUUUGUGUUAUUACCGGUCUGCCUGCUAUCGUAACCGUUGCGGUUGAUGGGAAUGUAAAAGACGAUGAUGCAGCUGCAGCAGUAGUGGGUCAACCAAUGAGUUAUGGCCACUUUAUCAGUGAGAACAAAGGAAAGAUUCGAUUAACUGCUGGCGAGCAAAUGAAUUCGGCUGAAGCUGCUCUGGCCAUGUUGUAUCACUGUUUGCAUGAAACUAGACAUAACCAAGGUUCAACUUUAUGUGGUCCUACCUGGUUGUUACAUUUUUGGCUGUACAUGUAUUUCCCUAGUUUAAAACAAGAAGGGAUUUUCCCUGUUGGGAAUGGAGAACCUCUGUGCCUUGGAGUGCAACAAUUUAACAAGCCGACUUUCAAUGGAAUGCAAGCGUUCAAAAUUGUGUUUGAAUCAAUCCCAGACGUCGUUGUGAUGGUGCGGCAACUGAGCCAAGACUGGUGGCAUAAGAGCUUUGACGACAUUUGCCAUUCAGUUACAGAAAGUGGUAAAUGGAAUAACACUGGUCUGUUUGGCUUGACAUCGGUUUGGAGCCAUCUUCUGUCAGCAAGGGAUAUUUUUUAUGGUAGUAAAAGUUUGCAGUCUCAAAACGUCGGCGCUGAUAUGCAUGCCGAAUACUACCCUGCCAAUAUGGUAGCCCGCCAAUUCGAGUUUGCACAGAGCGUGCCACACUUUGAAGUAUCUUGCCGGAACACAGGGAGACUUGGUAGGGAAAAAUUGACCAUGGAAAACCUGGUGAUUGUACAUGGUAGUGAUGAGGAAUCGGAUAGUCAAGAAAGUGAUAAAGGCUCUGUUGCAAGUGGUGUAAGCAUUGCUGCCAUAAAGGCAAUGUCUGAAACUGAAGAAGUGUACGGCACAAGGUAUAACCAGUUGAAAACGUUGCUGUCUGCAAUUCAGACCUCUCUUGUGGAUGACAGUAUGGCAGCAGCCAUUGGUUUGAUUUCGACGGAAGCAGCCCAGAAGGAGAUUGAGUGUCAGACUGUAGGAACAGCUUCGAAUUCUCCUACUACCAUGGAUCAAGCGCGUCCAGAACAACCUGAAGUAGUUUCAACUGCAAGAAGAAAUGUUGUAUCAGAAGGGGCCUUACAAGAGGUUCCACCAAAUGAUCAAGAACCUUUGGAAGUUACGCCUUUGCAGAGCAUACCAGCAUCGCCUCCUUAA